AUGGAGAAAAGCAGCGUUAUGAACCAUAGUAACAGCUUGAAAGAUCAGAAGAAUGGCGGAAGAUCAGCAACAAAUGGCAUCAUCAAAGACAGCAAGGCUGCAACAGAUCCUUAUUCAUGGGGGAAUAUUACUGAUCAAGAUAGUCUUGGAGAUGGAGGUGAUUUGCUUGGUGGGUUCUCAUGGCCUCCAAGAUCUUACACUUGUACUUUCUGUAAGAGGGAGUUCAGAUCCGCUCAAGCUCUUGGGGGUCACAUGAACGUUCAUAGGAGAGAUAGAGCCAGGCUUAGACAGAUGCCAUCCUCAAGGGAUCUUCCUCUUCAUCCUCAAAGUUUCUCUUCUAACUACAGUUUGCUCAAUCUGAACCAAGAUCCAAACCCUAACCCUAAUCCUAACCUUACUUUCUCACCAUAUAUUUCUUCAAAUUUGUCAUGCAAUCCAACAAUGUUCCCAUCAUUUUCAUCUAAAUCCAUGCUAUCUCCUUUGAUCUCCCCAUCUCCCUCUUCUCUACAACCUAACUUGCCAUGUCUGUCACCCUCGUAUCGUUUGAGACCUAUAGGCAGUGCAAAUUUAACCAUGAUGAAAUCUCAAAUACCCUCCUUCGGGGUUCAUAAAUAUGAUGGUUUUCUGAACGAAAACGACAAUAAGAUCGUCAAGAAGUCGGAGAUUAUCAGGUUGAAUUUGGAGAUCGGCUUGCUUGGUGAAUCAAAGUCGGAUGACCUGGAUUUGGAACUUCGACUCGGGGUCUCUUAG